CCAAGCACUACCACCACCACUGCCGACCACGCCAUCGCGACGCACCGCCAGCUCCCGCGGCCCCGCGACUAGGAACUCCCCGCGAAGCCUCGAGGCGCCUCGUCGGUCGACGCCCCGCCGCGCACGAAAACCGCCCCUCGCGCACAGCGGCCACGCUCCAAGCCCCAACAACCACGGGGUCCCGCCGACUCUGCUCCUGCAGCGGCUCCUCCAGCUCCAGGGCGACGUCGACAAUCGGCGACGACCGCCAGCAGUAGCAGCAGCAGCAGCAGCAGCAGAAGUAACAGCAGAAGCGGCAGCGGCAGGAGGACCUCGACAAGGAGGACCCGCGCAGGCGCAACCAUCACCGGCAAGGGCGACGCGCAGCAGCGGUUCGCUGCCCGGCACAACCAUGGCGACCUCGGCGGCCAAAUGGCGCGAGGAGCAGAUCCUCGUCGUGUGCCCCGGCAGCCGCACCACCAUGGCGCAGCUGGGCUGCAGCGAGCUGACGCCGCCGACCCAUCGCUUCCCGACGCGCAUGUUCCCCGACGGCGACGAGUGGCGGCCGUACCACACGUACAAGCGCACGAGGGUCACGGGCGGCGUCGAGACGGAGGACUGGGUGGAGGACGUCGACUCGGACGAGGGCGCCGUCUUUCCCAUUGAGGGCGGCCGCAUCGUCAACAUGGACGCCUUCCUCGCCUUCCUCGACCACGUCCACGGCAUGCUCACCACCACCUACCACAACACCCCAAUCAUGCUCAUGGCCUCGCCGCAGUGGACGCGUCCCGACUGCGAGGCCAUUGCCCAGUACAUCUUCGAGAAGACGCGCACGCCAGCGCUCUGCAUGAUCCACAGCGGCCUCGCCACCCAGUACGGCCUCAAGUGGCCCAACAUGACCGUCAUCGACAUUGGCUACGAAAAGGUCGACGUCACCGCCAUCCACGACGGCCGCGUCGUCAACCACAUGGACCUCGGCUCGCCCAACGGGGACCGCCUCAUCAGCGGCGGCGAGGUCUUUACCCAGCGCCUGCUGAAGAUGCUGCAGGGCAAGGGCUUCAGCAGGGACAUGGCGGAGCAGCUCAAGAAGAGCACGAUAUGCGAGGUGCUCCCCUACGCGCCCGGCGAGGACGCUUUGGUUGAGCUUCCCCGGGAGGUCACCGCGGGUGCGCCGCCCAGCAGCUCUGCGCCCGCCGCCGCCGCCGCCGCCGCCGCCGCCGCCAUCUCCAGCACCGCACCUGCGGCCGCGCCAAGCGAGGCGCCCAAGCCGGCAGCCGACUAUGGCGGCGACGAGGACGAGGGCACGGAUAAGAACGGUGACGAAGACGGCGUGCUCGACGUCGCGGCCAUUGUUACGAGCGGUCAGACCAAGGAGUUUCUCGCCAAGAAGGAAAAGGAAAAGGGCAAGCCUGGCAGGAAACCCAAGGGUGCCGAGGGCGACGCCGCGCCUGCCAAGCCCACGCGGCUGCCCAACGCGAAGCGGACGCACAACACCUUUUUCUACGAAGAGGUUGUGCAAGAAGAGAUUCCCAAGGAGCAGCCGAAGCCGGCCGCGCCGCAAGAGACGAACGGAAACGGCGCGACGACCGCGGCAGCAGCGGCGGCAGCAGCAGAAGUCCCGCCGACGGCCGAGGCGCCUGCUGAGGGUUCGGCAGAGAAGCCGGCAGGAGAGCAACAAGCCACGGCUUCCGCGCCGACCACCACUGCGCCGGACGGGAGCGGCGCCGUCGCCGCGCCACAGACGGAAGACACGACCAUGGCCAACGGAGACGACUCAGCGGUCCCGAAGCCCGAAGGCCAGGAGGACAAGCCGGCCGAAACGAACGGCGCCAGCGCGACGGCCGUACCUCCCUCGGAGCCGCAGCAGCAAGAGGGACAGCCGAAGCCCGAGCCGACGGAGCCGGAGCCCGCGGCGGUUGCGGCCCCUGCGCCCGACACGUCCAAGGACACGCCCGAGUUCCGGCCGAAGCGCAUCCGCCGCGACGUGGAAAUCGGGCUGGAGCGCUUCACGUUUGCGGAGCGGGCCGAGAUCGACCGCAUCGUGUCGACCAUCUACCGCACGAUCCAGGGCAUCGACGACAUGUACAUGCGCCCGGCGUGCUGGGACAACCUCGUCUUCGUAGGCAACGGGGCGCGGCUGCGCGGGCUACGCGACAACAUCCUCCAGACGCUCACGGCGCGGCACCUCGUGUCCCCCUCGACGGCCACCAUGUUCACGUCGGAGCUGCCGUCCAACGUGGCCACGCCCACGGGCACCGGCAGCCAGACGCCCACGGGCUCCUUCACCGGCGUGCCGCACCAGCUGCCGUCGAGCGGCGUCAACCCGCUGCUGCAGGCGGCCACCACGGCGAGCAGCCUCGGCGCCGCCGCCGCUGCCGCUGCCGCCAACAACAACAACACCUCGGCCGCGGGCGGUGCUGCUGCUGCUACCGGAGGCGGCACCUCGGCCGCCACCCCUGCCGCGGGCUCCGACGCGGCGGGUCCGUCGGCGGCGGCGGGCGGCGGCACGCACUACCACUUCCACAGCCAGACGCCCACGAGCAUCAAGACGGCCGCCCUGCCGACGUACCUCAGCGAGUGGACCAAGAACGGCUUCGAGGAGGCCAUGUUCCUCGGCGCGCAGGUCGCGGCCCGUAUCGCCUUUUGCCUGCACUCUAACAUGGACGCGCAGAGCAUCGAGGCGCAGCGUCUCAUGAGCCUGAGCAGGGUCGACUACAAUGAACUCGGCCCCAAGGCUAUCCGCACGCACUCCAUGCUCAGCUAGAACUCUACCACAAAUGCUACAACUGCUACACGCACGCACACAUGCACACACCUACUUACAAGGGGGAGUGGGUGAUGAACCACCGCAAAAGAAAAGGUGUUGGGGCACUUUUUCCCUCUUUUUUUUUUCGUUGCAGGCAGAGGGGCAGAUUCUUAGGGCUUAAGAUGGCUGGCUGCUCCCGCAACUUCAAGGAAAGGGAAGGGAGGAGGACCAGGUGGGAACGGGACGCUUAAAAGAAAAAGAUGUUGUUUGUUGCGCUAUUGUUGUUGUUGUUGUUGUUGUUGUUGUUGUUGUUGCUGCUGUUGCGUUGUUGGAACAGAUACAGUUGUUAAAGAGAGAGAGGGCUCCGCGAUGGACGGACGGACGGACGGAAAGACGGACGGGCGGGCUGGCGGGCUGAUUUGGCUGGAUGGCUGGCUGGAGGAGAGGAGCGAUUGAUUGAUUGAUUAUCCUCCCUCUAGGUAUCCAUGUUUCGGCUCACCACGCCUAUCUUCCCCGUGGGGCGCGUGGAUUUCGUGUCAUGUACAUCAUAGGCAGUUCCAAGGUCAAGGCGAAAAAGAU